GACUGAACUCACUAGUGAAGGAGAAAAUAUCUAUUAUAAGUAGAAGUGGAACUAUCGAUGACUCCUACCAGUGGUUCAACAUGGCUAACAUCUGGGUACGAGGGCUCGAAUUCUCCAGUCCUACUGUUCUCAGAAAUGUAGGUUUUAUUCAACGUGGUUUUGCUCAUGUUCCAAAGGGAGAUACUGGAGAAGAUGCCAAUAUGGCUCAGAAAACUACCAGUAUCUUGACCAGGACACGAAAGCCUAUCUCUGGAGGACUCAUUCAAAUGUUUUCAUCUGCUCCAUCAAAACCAGGCAAUGAUAAAGGAUCUCCUCCACAGCAUAAUGAAAAACCGGGAAGCAAGGGUGCAGGAAAACAAGCCAAGGAUAAAGGAUCUGGUCCACAGCAUAAUGAUAAACCGGGAAGCAAGGGUACAGGAAAACCAACCAAGGAUACAGGAUCUGAUCCAAAGAAUCUCCAUGAAGAACGAGAAGCAAAAGAUAACUAGAAGAUUUAGCAUAGAUGUAUGCGUAGAUUCUAGAAUAAGAAAGUGAAAUUUGUGUUUGUUCGUCCUAGUCCAGCUUAACGACAUCGCACAGAUGUAUGCGUAGAUUAUAGAGUAUGGUAGUGAAAAUUUUAUUAGUUUUCUUUAGCUCUGCUUGACGAUCACAUGCUUGUCAAACUGUUUGAAGUCUUGGGAUAUAUAAUGGUGUGCCUUGAUUGUUCUGCCAUAUAUAAAGCAAGCCUUGUGAUUAUAAAUGUUGCAUUGCAUUCGCAGUUGUACCUUGUUAUUUUAUACGAUGUUGUAAGA